AUGCAGCAAAUUCUCUCGUGCUUCGCAAGAGGGGUCGGUCAGGGUAAGAAGGAUAGCAGUAUGCAGAGGGAGCAUGCGAUAGUUACAUACUUGAAAAGCACGUGUGACGUUCCUCAAAGUCAGCCAAAUUGGUGGAACGGUAUCGAUGUUCUGCUAAGCUCGCGUGAGACGCUGCUUGAAGUGUCGAUCAACGGGCUGUCAACGAUGAUUCGUUCCAAGGUCAGGGCAGGCAGUGUCAAGAGCGCGCAAGCUAGACUGCAGCAAGCUGCUGCGGAGAUUCGAUCUCCAGGACGCGCAUACGACAGCUUCAAGAGCGAGACGGCGCACAGCGGCGAGGAAGCCCGAAAUGUUGGAGAGCUGAGAAGAGUAAUGCCAGAAGUGGUUGCGCCGAUUGCUCCAGCGGCUUGGACAAAUGAGCGCGAAUACGCUUCUGAUACCUUCAGCGGACCGAAUCUGACGAGGACAAGCCAUCCACGGACACUGCACUGCACUGCGAUUACAAUAAUGUGGCCCUGCAGAUUCCAGAAGGGCCAGGGCGUUGGAGCGGGUCGAAUGCAUGCCGUCGAUCCUGUAAUUGCUACCUCGCCUCCCAGAGCGGACAAAGGCCGCUGUGAGAUGCUCGUCCAGGAAAGUGUGGAAUCACACGCACAGCCAGUAGCAGUGCCAGUACCAGGCCAGAAACGGGUUCGACGCACACAAGCAGUGCAGCGCGAUGCGGACAAGCUUCGCCGCAAAUGUCGCUUCGAAAAGAAAAGGGAAGCCUGCCAGCUCAGACUUGACAUGCAACAAGAGCGAGCUGGCCGCGUCCCUUCCUGGCCAUCUCACUCACGCAAAUUGUUAAUCGAUACGGCCGGCUGGCCAGAGUUUGCCGUGCAUCGAGCUCGUGAGCGAAGUGGGGAUGGAUGCUUCUUAGGUGAGGCGAGGCGAGGCGAGGCGAGGCGUGAGAGGCGUGAGAGGCGUGGCGCGGACGCUCAAGCAUGCUUACCUUACCACGAGGCUGCUGGUGUUCUGCUGGCAUUAUUGGAAGACGUGCGGCACAGCGGAGUCUUCUGCGCACCUCUGCCCAAUGAAUGGGUCAAUGUGAAACGAGAGUCCAGUACGCGUUGCGCCGUUGCGCCGUUGUGCCGUUGCGCCGUUGGAGCACCAUGGACCGUGGACCGUGGACCGUGGACCGUGGACCGUUCACCGCCUCCCGCGACUCCCGCAGUCUCAAACGUACGUAUGGCUCAAACAUGGUCAUACGUGACGCGCGGUGUUUGUUGGUGUGGCUGGAAAGGCGCUGAGUUGGAGAGCAGAAACAUCUCCGAAAAGCCAGCUGGACCUUGUCAUUGGCCUGAACCAGAUCGUCGCAUAUUCUACUACUAUCUACAUCAUCAGUCGCCGCCUGAACCUGUUCUGCACCGCGCCAUUCCUCCGUCGUUUUUAAGCUUCACCGUGUCCCAGGAUUCGUCGCUCCCGAUCAGGACUGCAUAUCACGCUGAUCCGCACUCAGAACAAGUUUUGACGAGCAGCAGGAAGGCAAUCUCGAGACGUGCUAAUGUUAAGCCUCAUACCGAUACUCCGCGGCCACGGGAAGGCACGUACACGUCGCACACGGGACCCUUCAAGCCGCUGCUCAGCUUUGAUCGCGCGCUGCAAUUCUUGCCAUCGCGCUGCCAUUCUUCGUGCAACCAGAAUCAGGGCACGCCGGAAAGAGCCGGAAGUGACGAUCAUCUCCGAGUAGCAAGUCCGCGACUGCUUGAUAACUUGGCAAUACCAACACGAGAGCCUGAUCCAUAUCCACUGACCAGGUUACUGAAUCUGAUGCCGAACGCGCACAACCGAGAUGAAUACUUUAAGGCUGGGAACAUGCUGUGUAGGCCCAGGAUGUCUUAUACAUCGCUCCAAACAACUGAGCAGUCACAAUCAGCCAGACUGGGAAUGAGCGGCGCCGAUCACGCGCACGCCUUGAGCGAGAUGGCAGGACACGCAACGACAGCAACACGACUCCACGAGCAGCAGCAGCAGCAACAGCAUGCCAGAAUUAGGCAACAGAAGGUCAAAAGCGUUGCCCGGAUCAGCGCUGAGAGAUCGACAGACAUGCACACUCAAAACUCAUCGCACCAUCGAGUAAAGCCGGUUUUCUCAUCACGCUCGCAGCAACGACCUGUAUCUCAAACAUCACCGACACCGGCGCAGAAUCAUGUCACCUCCACACAUCGUACAACUGGAAAAAGCAGGAACAGUAUCCACAUGCCAGGGAUAGCUCGCAUCGCAGAGACUUUGCUCCCGAAAGGCUGUAGCUGUACACGGCAGACUUCUACUGUACCCUCCUCCCAGGACAUGCAUACCUCGAACCAGUCCGAGCGUCGAACUACAUCAGCAUCUGCUCCCCGCCGCCCAACAUUUACCAUGAUGAAGUAUCCUUCGCACACGCAGAACAAUCGCCCACAUUGGAUUGCGUACAUGAUAUUUACACCGAAUAAUUUGUCUCAGCUGCAAGCGAACAGAAAGGGCUCGACACUCCUGCUUCGAAAGGAAGACCUGAUCAGUUCUAUGGAUAUUAAGCAGUCGCCAUGUUUGCCCAGCAUCCUCACCACGCCGUAG